UAUUUGUACCUCAAGUCCUUUUAAUAAUCAUAGUUACGCCUGUUAUCUAUAACAAAUAAUUUAAUCGAUUAACUGCUCAAGGGGAAAUAAUAAUUGUAAUUAAAUUAGAUUGUUAAAUUUUAAUCAAUUGUAAAUGGUUGAAGUGGUAUGCGCAUUGAAUAUUUGUCGAUGGUUUCGAUCAUCCUCACGUUAAAUACAAUAAUACUUUUAUUUUACACAUUUAUACACUCACGUACAUACAUACAUACAUAUGUAAUACAAACACAAUAGCAAUUGUAGAUAGGGGAUAGUAGAUAGAGAUGAGCUAUAUAGCGUGAAAGGAAAUUAAUCGAGCUUUACGUUUGAAAGUUGGUGCGAUGAGCGCAAGUACCCUGAGUGACUAACACAUUUACAUUUACGUAUAUAUGCACACCCAUAAGUUUAAACUAUUGAAGCUCACACGUGUUGUGAGUAUCAUAUGGGGGUGAAUCGGUGUAUAUUCGCGCGUUCGCGCAGGCGAUUGAGGGUAAGACUCAAGCCCAAGACCACCGUUACCGAGUAGUCAGUUAUAGUUAAAGCUCUCGCAAAUGUUAAGCGCCACCAGAAACUACCACUACCGUAAUAUCAAAUACUCUUGUGCUUGUGUACCAGCACAUAACCAGUGAAAAAAAGCUCUCGCUCCGCUCGUUUUCGCGACAGCAGAACCAUCAGUUACUGACGGGCAGUCAUACCGAGUACCACGUUAAAUAUCCAGUGCUUUUAUCUCUUCCCGCGUUAUUUAUACCAAUAACUAUUUAUUGAAAUUCAUCAUGAAGAAGUUUAAACAUCUGUAAAUAAUUAAAAAGCAUUGAGGCGAAAAAGUUGAAAAAAAGUCAUUUCAUCAAGGCAAACAUCGUCCGUGAUUUUCUAUCCAUCCUCAUCUUCCCUCAGGCCCUUCGGCGUUUACAAUAAAAAAAACUAAACUAAAAAAACAGCAAUGUCGAAGACACGUUCCCGUCAAACGGCGCUCAAAUUUAAAGCGGCGAGCGUUGUAUCAGAAUUGGUCGUCCUCAACGGGGAAUCGAUAAAUGUACACCAGAAAAAGGCUCCCGUGAUAUCGGGGUCCACGAAAGAAUAAAGAAAUCUAGAACCCGCCUGCCCUAAAAACCUUUUUAAUUAAAGAUUUCCAGAUUAAAACCGACAGAGUCUAGUACAAGAGUAAUUAAAAUUUAGCUACCAAGUACAAGUAAUUGUCCUGCCAACAAUUAGAUAGCGUUCAAACAGACCGACACGUGGGAUGUUUCAGACGUUUAAACAGAAAGGAAUGGAGUACAACAGAAGUUGGCACGUUACAGCAUUACAUCUGACCACGACCACGAUGACAACCAUCGCGGUCAUGACGUACGUCCAUGCAACAAUGGGUGCAAGUACAUCUGCGAAAUCCACAUCACUACCGCCAGCUACAAGUUCUACUCUCUCUCGUGGGAAUCCUGGAUCCUUUGACAUUCGUCGGGCUGAAGUGGAAGAAGCGCUGGAUAUUAUUGAAGCAGCGUCAUCGAAUUCACUCGGCGAGGAUUGUGCGUCGACGGCAGGAUAUAAAUCUCUACCAACUGGAGCAGCUUUGGAUCCAAGACGACUUGAUGUAGCGAGACAGAAAAUAGAUAUGGCUGCUAUGAUGAUGCAGAAUCUCGGAUCAAAUAAUCAUCCACGACUGUUGGACGCAGUAGCACGAUCACUUUUGUCAUCGGUCAACAAUGCAAUAGCAACGAGAGUUGUCGUUCUGAAUGCAUCGACGGAUAUUGUUAUCGCGGAAACCUGGUUAAAACGUAUGCCGAGUAGUAUGGGUGAACCAAUAAAACUUGAAAGCGACACCCUGCGCGCGGGAUAUCGACCGCAUCCAGGACUCCCUUGGUUCGAGAAACCCGGAGGCUCUACUUCGCAAUUGAGGUCUCCGAAGUUCGUGUUAUCAGCACCGAUAGAGUCAUACAUGGGCUGGUGGACGGUGCCAUAUCUGUCCUGCAAAACCCACCAGUGGAUAAUAUCAUACAGCGUGUAUGUUCGGCAAUCGGAUGCACGAACCGGCACUCGUGACUUUUUAAGUGUCGAUAUCGACAUCAGUGGCCUGGAAGUCAACCAAUGCGACCAAGAUACGUCUUCUUCUGCUGAUUCAGCUCCAACUUUUACAUCUUCUUCUUCUUCUUCUUCUUCGAGUUCCACUUCAGAUAGCAUCCGUCAACAUUUGGAUACUUCUGGGGCCGCAUCUCCUGGAGAUAAUCAGAUGGAAUCCUUCAGCGGCUCUCACAAGUGUCACAACGAUACUACGCAAUGCGAGUACAGAGGACCCUCCAGCAGCAGCAGCAGAAGUGCCGAGAUCAGCGUAUCACCCAUAGCGCCCGGAUGGGUUAAAGGUGCCUACGUAUGCAGAUGUCGUGACGGAUUUUACAGCCUAGAUCUUUCUAGUGCAGCUGGUAGAGAGCUCGCAGCUUUUGAUGGUGUACUUGUAGAAGCUGCGUGGAGAGAAAUGCAGAUGAAUAAAAGUGAUUUGUAUGAUAAAAUGUUUAGAUGCACUAGAUGUGCUGUCGGUUGUGUGACUUGCACAGGUCCAGAACCUUGCUUAGCAACUUAUCAUUGGCCAUUUAGAAUAACUUUGCUGACGUUUUCGAUAUUUUGUUCGUGUGGCGCCGUCCUUUUAAUAUUUUAUGUCUACAAACAUCGUAAGCUCAAAGUAUUCAAGGUUGCAUCGCCAAUUUUUCUAUCCAUCACUCUACUCGGGUGUGCAAUUAUGUACCUAGAAAUGGCUGCAAUAUUUCCCGUACUUGACGUCUACUCUUGCAUCGCAACCAAGUGGACAAGACAUCUUGGGUUCUGCAUAUCUUAUACAGCUCUGCUAAUGAAAACUUGGAGAGUAUCAUUGACGUAUCGCGUCAAGAGCGCUCACAAAGUUAAGCUCACCGACAAGCAGCUACUACAGUGGAUGAUUCCCAUUCUGCUUGUUAUGAUUAUUUAUUUGAGCACUUGGACACUCAGUGCUCCACCUGACGCUCAUGUUAUUGCUGACAGCCAAGGUCUAAAGUUUUAUCAAUGCAAUUAUAAUUGGUGGGAUCACAGUCUUGCAAUAGGGGAGAUAUUAUUUCUCGCGUGGGGGAUAAGAGUGUGCUACAACGUGCGUAAUGCCGAGAGCUUAUUCAAUGAAGCUAGAUUAAUUAGUUACGCAAUUUAUAAUAUUGCCGGUGUAAAUACAACAAUGAUAGCAAUUCAUCUUUUUAUAUUCCCACACGCUGGACCAGACAUUAAGUACACUCUGGGUUUUUUACGUACCCAACUAUCAACAACAGUAACAGUUGGCCUUGUAUUUGGCCCGAAGGUAUUGCGAGUUUUACGAGGUCAUGGUGACCAGUGGGACAGCCGUGCUCGUGCUCGUGGAAUAACGGCUAGCUUUUCUUUGAAUGGAAUACGUGGCCUUGUCGCUGAAGAAACAACUGAUUUGUUUCAAGAAAAUGAGGAAUUAAAAGAAGAAAUUCAGAAACUUGCAGCGCAAAUAGAGUUUAUGAAAAUAGUUCAUAUGGAGAUGCAUAAUCGGCAUAUAAAACCUAAAAUGGGUGGUUAUUUUAGCACACAUGGCCAUAAUUGGGGCGCUCAGAGUCCUAAUGCCAAAAAUUCAUCAGCUAGUUUUAUUAUCAAGACGGUAGUAGAACGUGGAGCAACAGCAGCAGCCGCAGCUGCUGUCGAAGAUUCAACAUUCCCAUCAGGAAGUCUUCAUCGCGCUCGCAGAAUGGAACUUUUACGCGAAAGAAAAGCAGCUCGCGAAAGAGAACGCGAAAAUCAAGAAACUAAUCGACAGCAGCAAAGUACUGUGGAUCAAAGUGAAGGUGUAACUAGUACGAGCGGUACUAGCAGCGGUGAGCACGUCUGACUAAUUAUCAGCAAUGACGAAGUCUGGCUCUGACAAAAUAAAAUAAAUAAUUUUUUAAUGCAAUCAACAUUUUUAUCUACAAUUUCCACCAAGUUCAACGAGGUGUCUUGUAUAUACCAAUCUCAGUCUUUUUAAAUAAUUUUAUAAAUUAAAGACAACUAUUUUUUAUUUCAAAAAUACAAAAAAAAAAUUAUUUUUCAUUUUUCUAAUGAGAUUAAUUUUAUAAUUAUUAAUUAUUUUAUAAAUAUUAAGCACUGGUUAUAAUAUAUAUUUCCUGUAAGCAUUAGCUUGCGCUAAACUAACGCCGCAGUAUCUGUAAUUGAUACGUUAAAAUUCGCACAAUUUGUUGUUUGUAUAUCAUCUUUAAAAAACUAAAUAUAAGAAGUAAAGAUGCGUUUAAUUAAUAAAGUAAAAAAUUUAAUUAUAUAUAAAUAUAUGAAUAAGUGAUUAUAGUGAUUUAGAAACCCUGUAAUGUCUUAUAGAAAUAUUAUAAUAUAAAAAAGGAUUGAAAGUUAUAAAUGAUGUAUAUAAUUUAACUGUUGCGUAAAUGCCUUAUUGAAUAGUGAACAAGUGUUUAAAUAAUAAAUGUAUUAUAAUAAUAAUAAAGCGCUUCCCUUGUUUCAAAUAAAUGGGGAGAUUAUAAACUGCAGUUGAAUCAUGUACAUUGAUGUGCUAAAAUUGUUUCAAUAAAAGAUGUUAUAAAAAAGAAAGUAAGAGCGAAGGUAAAGGUCAAUUUCUUUCACUCUUACUAUGAUCAAA